CAGCGGAGAGUGGCAGCCCGUGCGUCUCGCUCCGGGAGGGGGGCGGGGGGGGAGAGAGGGACACGCAUUACCUGCUAUGGACUCGACAGGAGACCACAAGACGCAGUUCAGCUCGGCUUCAGACCACUUGUUCGUAGUUUUCCUGUCGGGUGUCACCGGUGUGAAGGUGUUUCCACAGUGAGGAAGACUUGUUCGGGGGGCAUCGUUUGCAACCAGCGUGCCGGCGUGGUGGUUUUUCGUCCCCCGUGGAUGCGCCUGUCCGGGGGGCGGGGGGUCGGUGUCUGAGCCCCGCGCGCGCGACCCGCUCGUCAAAGGGCAUCGUGAUUUCUCCGCGUCGCGCGCAAGUGGAAUGAGGAAUAUUUCCGCGGAGAUGCUGCUGUUGCUGCACAUUUUGGGGGUUUUGCCUCUGGCCCGAGCGGCUCCGUCCCAGACUACCGAGCAGCUGGACACCGGGGUGGACUGGCUGAGUAAGUUCGGCUACCUCCCGCCCCCUGACCCGGCGACCGGUCAGCUUCAGACCAAGGAGGCCCUGACCAAGGCCAUCAAAGCCAUGCAGAAGUACGGAGGGCUGAAGGAGACCGGAGUCUUAGACCAGUCCACGCUCGGCCUGAUGAAAACACCCAGAUGUUCUCUGCCAGAUGUGUCUGAGGCGGAGGGCACGCCGGGCCGCAGGAAGCGCGGCCUGAACCCUCAGAACAAGUGGAGCAAGAGGCAUCUGUCCUGGAGAGUGAGGACCUUCCCCAAGGAUUCGGCCCUGCUGGGCAGGGACACCGUCCGGGCCCUGAUGUACUACGCCCUGAAGGUCUGGAGCGACAUCGCGCCGCUCAACUUCCACGAGGUGGCCGGCAGUGACGCCGACAUCCAGAUUGACUUCACCAAGGCCGACCACAACGACGGGUAUCCCUUCGACGGGCCGGGGGGCACGGUGGCACACGCCUUCUUUCCCGGGGAGAGGUUCACGGCCGGGCACACGCACUUUGACGAUGACGAGGCCUGGACCUUCAGAUCUGCAGACUCUCACGGGAUGGACCUGUUUGCGGUUGCGGUCCACGAGUUCGGUCACGCCAUCGGCCUGGUCCACACCUCCGCCAUCGAGUCCAUCAUGAGGCCGUACUACCAGGGUCCCGUCGGCGACCCGCUGAAAUACGACCUCCCCUACCAGGACAAGGUCCGCGUCUGGCAGCUCUACGGUGUCAGAGACUCGGUGUCCCACACAAACAGACCCGGCAACCCGUCCCAGACCGCUGAACCUCCCGUCCUCCUGGACCUUCCCGAAAACCGGUCCACUCUCCUGCUGGCAGGAGAUGCCCCAGACAGAUGCACCAGUUAUUUUGAUGCCGUGGCCCAAAUACGAGGGGAGGCCUUCUUUUUCAAAGGGAAGUACUUCUGGCGACUAACGAGAGAGAAGCACCUGGUGUCUCUGCGUCCCGCCGAGAUCCACCGCUUCUGGAGGGGCCUCCCUCCCAAUCUGGACGGCGUGGAUGCCGUAUACGAGAGGCCCGGGGACCACAAAAUAGUCUUUUUCAAAGGUCUGAAGUACUGGGUAUUUAAAGACAACAACGUGGAGGAGGGCUACCCUCGUCCGAUCAGCGACUUCGGCCUGCCCUUGGAAGGGGUGGACGCGGCCUUUGUUUGGUUACACAACGACAAGACGUACUUCUUCAAGGACGGACACUACUGGCGCUACGAUGACCACCUGAGACGCAUGGACCCGGGAUACCCGAAAGACAGCACGCUUUGGAAGGGGCUGCCGCCGCAGCUGGACGACGCCAUGAGGUGGUCGGAUGGCUCCUCCUACUUCUUCAAGGGGAAGGAGUACUGGCGGGUGCCCAGCAGCGACAUGGAGGCGGAGGCCGGGUACCCGCGCCUCGUCGCCAAAGACUGGCUGCUGUGCACCGAGAUGCAGUCGGACUCUCCGGACGCGGAACCCAAGGGCACGGAGACGAGGGCCAACGUGCACCGCCAACCGGACCACGCGGACAACGGGUACGAGGUGUGCUCCUGCACCUCCGACACCGCCUCGCCUUUGGGGGCGCGCCCCUCCCCUUCGCCCCUGUGGCUGCUGCCGCCCCUCUGGACGCUGUCGCUGGCCCUGCGCACAGAGCCGCUAUGAUGCCAAAGCGCGGGACGGGCGUUCUCAAUGAGACGUAGACUCAUUGGCGGGGAGCGAGGGGGUGGACACUCAGACUAAAGACAAACUGGAACGUUUUGUAUGUAUAAAUAUCAAUUGGUUUGUUUUUUGCUAUUUCCUUUUUGCUGUUAUUUAUUUCACUUGUCGUUUAAAGCGCAUUGCUCUACAGAUCAUAUUGUUACACUAGGAUACAUCCACAAUGUGCCGCGCUUCACAAAUUGAGUUCUUGAGAACCAUAAGUUCUAUCUCUCAGUUUUCUUUUUGAAUGGCUAAACUGUGUAAUUAAGCGAAGGACACUGCUUGGGGGGGAGGGGGCUUCUCCUGAAAGCAAAAGCAUUUUGUUUUUUUCAUGUAGAACCAGUUUACUACAAUAACAAAUGGCAACACAUGGUUGUCUGGAUGUAGACAACAGUUGAAUGGUAACUCCAGAUGUUUAUAUGUGACGGGGGAAUUCAUUGAAAGGCACAUUUUUUUUCCUGAAAGGAACCGAUUAACAUUUGGCGCAACUGAAGAGCAGCAUUUUCUUUCCUGCCGAGAUAAAUAUUCGGCUACAGCUUAGCUUUCAUUUCCUUCGUACAUAGACAAACCGGCAGUUUGCCCUGUUUUUAUGCUAAGCUAACCAGAACCAGGCUGUAACCUUCUAUUUACAUACAGACAUAAGAAUGAUAACGAUCUCAUAUCUCGGCAUGAAAGCACAAGCUGAUAUAUUUCCCAAAAUGUCAAACUAGUGCUCUAAAUAGUGCCUGGACGUUGGACCUCGGGCCUGCGAGGCGUCUUACUGCCCUCCAGUAUUCCCCAUCUUUUCAAACCGCUAUGUUUGAGUUCAAGGUUAUGACCCACCGACCCCGAGAGAAAGAAACGGUCUUACAGGAAGAGCUGCCCGCUGUACUCGAGGUACAGAAAGAGAUGAGGGAUGGACAGUAGAUACUUUACAGGUGGGCGGAUCCGGGCAGACAGCUGGAAAAUCCGCCCAAGUGUAGUGGAGAUUAAUAGGGAUGUUGACAGAUAGACGAAUAAAUGGCAGACCGGUGAAAGCCGUCCACAGCGCCACGGGGGAAAAGGGCAGGAGGCGCUGUGGGAGGUGGGACAGAAGCCGGGACUCUUCUUAUAGGUUUCCCAGCGUCGCUUAACACCAUCACCCCGGCUUAUAUCUCUUACCUGUACGCUUUGAGGAACUGCCGCUUAGGUACCUCCGAAGGGUCAUUUUAAAGCCGUCAGCGGGGGCCGUAUUGGUUCUGUAGUGCUCUAAGUAUAAUUAUGGACUGAUUGAGAUUCCAUAUCGCUUCGAUCAGAUUCCAGUUCACGGAAGCUUUCCUUUCCUCGGCGCCGGACGAGACCCUCCAUGGAUCCGAGCUCCUUUUGGUGACGUUGUUAUAAGACCUCACAAGAUACAGCAACCGGAUUUAUUCUUGCUGAUAUAUUUACCUACAAUUUAAAUAAAGACACAGAUAUAUUUGAGUCGAGAUGUCCCACGGUUACUUCAAAAAAAAGUCGACCGUGUAUAUUUCAAGGUGUGUUUUUGUAAUGUAAAAUAUUUUUGUAGAAAAAUAAAAGUUAUAUGAAUGAAUUUA